CGACAGCUCGCUCGGCUUUCCUGCGCCAGCAGCGGUGUGUCACCGAGGCUGGGCUGCUGCCGGAGAGACCCGGAGUCAGGGCGAAUACCCAACCAGUUCACCCAAACUGGCAUCGCAGCGGGGCUGAGGGGCUGCCCCGGCGAGUUGUACACCUCAACACCGCAUAGGUUGGAUCUUACGCCUCUGUCUGUCUCCACCGCCCGUCCUCCUGAUGUCGGAUUUCAAGCUUGGGAUCGUACGGCUCGGCCGUGUGGCCGGGAAGACAAAAUACACACUUAUUGAUGAGCAGGACAUACCGCUUGUGGAAAACUAUGCGUUUGAGGCGCGCAUGGAGGUAGAUGCAGACGGCAAUGGAGCUAAGAUCUUUGCCUAUGCUUUCGACAUUGGCAAAGGCCGCUGGGCAGGGAGGCCUUUGCAUGAGCUGCUCUGGGAGAAGCACAGAGGAGGCAUCGCUCCCAGUUUUCAAGUCAUUCACAUCAACUCUGUGACGGUGGACAACCGACUAGACAACCUGCGACUGGUGCCAGUGGGCUGGAGCCCCAAGCCGGAGGAGAUUUCCAGCAAACAGAGAGAGCAGUCUCUGUACUGGCUGGCCAUCCAGCAGGUACCGGCUGACCCUGUGGAGGAGCAGUAUCUGGAGCUGAGUCGCACGCGCUACUACAACGCUAACGGGGAGCUGGUGGAGGAAGAGGAGUGCUCCUGCACCUACUAUGAGUGUCAUUAUCCUCCUUGUUCACUCAUUGAGAGGAGGCUCCGGGAGUUCAACAUCUGCGGUCGCUGCCAGGUUGCGCGUUACUGCGGCUCCCAGUGCCAGCAGAGGGACUGGCCCGCCCACAAGAAGCAGUGUCGCGAGCGCAAGCGGGUGCUGGCCCUGGAGUCGGAGCCCGAACGAUGAUCUGCCCUCAUCCUCGCCUGGCAGAGGAGGAGGGAGAUCCGGGGGGGGAUAGGGUUAGACUUGCGGGAGGGGACACUGGGGAUGAAGUGCAAAUCGGGGGGGAAAUCGCUGACAAGAGACUAACGACAGAGGACAAUGUUGGUUGCUCGAUUGUUUGGAUUCAGGGGGUAAGAAGAUGGAGGAGGGGAAGGGGAACAAAGCAAAAAGACAUCUGCCACUUCCCAGAACUGGUAUUUCUCCAUAGCUUGCUUGCUGGAUGACGGGGAAAGGUUUUAUUUUGUGUUUUGUUUUGUUUUUGUUUGUUUGUUUUUGUUUUUUUUUUGUUUCAUUAUUUUUCUCGAGGAGGGAGACCCUCGAGCUCUACCUGCUGCUAUGGUUUUGUAUGUGAGGGGGAAAAAGUUGUCUUGUUGAUGAACUGGACAAGCUUCUUUGGACCACAAUAUGGACAGUUGUCGUCAUCCACUCGUGUUCCUCCACCCAGCCGCUGGGUUUUGGUGACAUCUGUGCAAAACGGGGGACCCCAGGGGCUGCAGUACCCGUCGUUUAGCCGGUACAAUGGGACAUGGACCUUUUCACUGUAUUGCUCCCUCUCUGACCUCUCUGGUGCACACGGCUGCUGUCUUCAUGGUCAUCGAACACCUUAGCCGCCUCCCUGUCUGCCGUACUCCCCACGCAGCCAACCACGACACACAUCAGAUAGAUUUCACUGAUUGAAUCACACUACCAGUAUUGAGUGUGGGGUUGUGUAUGAGUGUGUAUGCUUGUGUAUGUAUGUGUAUGUGAUGCCAAUAUGUACUGAAGGACAUUGAAAUGGGCAACAUGGGUUACGGGACGGGUUCAUGUAUGUCUUUUCUCUUCUUAAAGGGGCCAUAUUCCACAGUUUUAAAGUUCAUAUUUAAUCAGAUUGGUGGGUUAAAAAUAUUUUGACUGUUCUAUAAUAAAGUAGCUGCCAAAUAAAGGCUGUAAUCAUUUUCUAGAAGUUUUCUUGACCCAUGAGUUAUUUUAAUUUUCUAUUAAUUUGUUCCGAUUUUUUUUUUUUUGUUGUUGUUGCUUAAGACAAGGUACAAAGUUUCCACCUUCAGUAACUGGAUUUUUUUUAAAUCAGCAUUUUAAGAAUUCUCCAGUUACUGUUUAAAAAGCCGUUCUGGGUGUUACUGGUACUUUAACGGGCCUUUUUCAUGAUCCCACAAGCUUGUUACGUUGGUCACGGUUUAAGAAACUGCUUUCUUGUGAUCACAACGUAUCUGUCACUGUUCUGAUCACAAGGAAACAAAAUCAGAAAUGAUCUCUACCAAAGUCUACUAUGACCUGUAGUUUGGCACUCCUGUAUGAACUGGUUUAAAUCCCUCCAGUCAGUCUUUAGUUUGCUGGUUUUUAACAAACACCUGUCUUCUCAACUGUAUUUUUUGCACCUGCAGGGUUACGGUAUGAGUGUGUCGGAGUCGGGGAGGGGGUCAGUGCUCAGUUUCUUGUGUGAGAGUUUGCUCUAAGGGUUAUUUUUUGAAGAAAUUCUAUCAAUGGAGCUAUAUUUAUUUAAAACAUUUGAUUGUGAAACAUGUUUUUGUCCUGGUGAUAUUUGAAGGCAAAUGUUAUAACAAAAAAAAAAAAGUGGACAGUAUGGGACCUUUUUAUGUCAUGUUUUCAGGCAAGGGGGAGGGGGACUGAACAUUUCAACCCUUUUUACUUGAUUUCCUGAUCCUGAAUGAAUGAGUGAGUCCUCCUCGGUGUUGCCCUUCCAGGUUUCCAUGAAAACACUGCACACCAUUAUUGUCGCUAAAAAUCUUCCACGCGAGAGACGUCUUGGAGUGUAAAACUUGAAUCCCCCCCCUCCCCCCCCACCUUUACACACCUUUUUGGCUAAUUUUAUUUCGGAGAGUGGUUUCGUGAAUGGAACCAUUUUUCUGCUUUUGUUCUUUCGGAGACACGGCAGUCCAAGUGAAAUCGCUCUGUGUCGUCUUUAUCCUCAAUCGCCUGCCUUCCUUGUAUUACCUACAAUGCACACCUGCUUAAUGUGUCCUCUCGUGUCUUAGCUGAGGAGUCCAGACACUCGGUAAGCAUGUCACUCACAGAUGUACAUGCGACCCGUUGAUUGUUUAUUUUGUAUGUGUGUGCAAACAGGUUUUCAACACUGCACUAAAAAAAAUGGCUCCUAUGUUAGCGUAUUUGUCAUAGAUGGGUUGAAGGGAGGGGUGUGAUUUGGAUUUGGAGUGUACAGAUUGUGUCUGAAAUCUUUUUUGUUUUGUAAGAAUAUAAACAUUAAUCACCUAGGAAUAAAGAGCUACAAUAUGUGAAUGGAAGUACAGUUGGGGGGGAUAACUGACCGUUGCUUUUCCAAUGUAAAAUGAUAAUAAAUAAAAUGAACCUCA